UCUCUUCUCUCGCGAACUAAACAGUAAAAAGAAUUCCAUCAAGAAUUCUAAAGAAAGAGACAGUUGGAGAGGGGGAGAGAGAGAGAGAGGAAUUUCAAUGAUUGAGGUGCUUUCUUCAUGCUUGGUUCUUCCUUGGGAGAAAAGAAAUGUAUUUGUCAGAGGCCCUUGUUCUUUUUCUUCUCAGUCAAAUUUCGUCACUUUCAGGUCCCUCAGCUUCUCUUCUAACCUCUCUGACAGUGUCUUCUCCAAAGGUAAUGUAAACCCACUAACCCAUCUCUCUCUCAACAACGCACCUUCCCCUGCCUUUUACCAUAUAUAUGGGUUUCUCUUCUUCAUAAUCUCUGUGCAAAACGUUAACCCUGUUCCAUUAACAUUUUUGUUUGGCUGUUGAGAAACUUGAAAGGAAAGAGGACCUAUAGGAUAUAAAACUAAAAAUUUAAUUUAAUCCUUUUGUGCCAUGCUUGCUGACGGUUCUCAUAUAAAAAGUCUUGUAUUUCUACCUUUUUCUCAGCAAUCAAACAAAGCCUAAUGCUUUACUGAAUUUUGAGUACCUGGUUUGUCAAAUUUUAGGUUGUUUGUCAAUGAGCACUCUUCAGAGGCCAAAUCGUCAUUCUGUUGUCUGCAUGGCGAAGAAAUAUGCUUCAAACACUGAUAAGAGAAAGAAGCUGAGUAGAAAAAAGGGUGGGAACUCGAAUAGGAAGAAAAAGAGCAGGAGGAAGGGUAGAAAAAAGGGUGGGAACUCGGAUAGGAAGAAAAAGAGGAGGAUGAAGUGGGGAAAGAAGAAGGUUUUUAAAAUUGUCAGGCUUGUCUCAACUGCUGCCACCGGGGUUGUCUAUACCAUGAAGAAGAGCAGUAAGAUUACCGACAAGCUUCAGCAACUAAAAUAUGAUCCUCGUGUAAAGCGCCAUGUCCUGUUUGAAGAAGUGAACUGAAGUGAGUGAACCUUCCUUUGUUAUAUAGAUCUACCUGUUUUCAUACACGUUUAGUGGAUCAAUGCCAUGCUGUUACUUGUACUACUGCAUUGAUUAAUAUGACAGAUCUACCGGCUUCAAUCAA